ACGACGACGACUCAGAGAGAGAGAGAGAGAGAGAGAGAGAAAUUAUCAGUGGGGAAAUCGAAGACGUCUAUCUGAAGGGAAAACGAAAGAUCGAAGGGAUAUAUACACGCAUAUAUACAUAUAACCGUAUAGAUAUCGAUACAAGUAACUAGAUUAGGUGGUUGGUUCGCCUGGAAAAUGAACGGCGGCCCAUCUGGAUUCAAUAAUGCGCCGGUGACAAGGACAAUUGUAAUAGCGAGUGCUCUUUUCACAAUCAUAUUUGGGAUCCAAGGUCGCUCCAGAAAUCUCGGCUGGUCUUAUCAGGAUAUUUUCAAAAAACUUCAAAUAUGGAAGCUCAUAGUUUCAGUGUUUGGCUUUUCAUCUACACCAGAGCUAGUUUUUGGAAUUUAUCUUCUGUACUACUUCCGUGUGUUCGAGAGGCAAAUAGGUUCCAAUAAAUACACAGUCUUUAUCCUGUUUUCUAUCACCAUCUCUUUACUGCUUGAGGUCCUUGCAUUGUGGCUACUUAAAGAUCCCUCAUUGAACAUACUCACAUCUGGACCCUAUGGCCUUAUAUUUUCUUCAUUUGUGCCGUUCUUUUUUGAUAUUCCUGUUUCAACGCGUUUUCGUGUAUUUGGACUCAAUUUCUCCGACAAGACUUUCAUUUAUUUAGCUGGCCUUCAGCUAUUCUUGUCAUCCUGGAAAAGAUCCAUGCUUCCCGGGAUCUGUGGUAUUCUAGCAGGUUCCUUGUAUCGUUUGAAUGUUCUCCGUGUGCGCAGGAUUAAGUUUCCGGAAUUUAUUGCUUCAUUCUUCUCAAGGCUGUCUUGGCCGUCUAUGGGGAGUACAUCACCCACUGGAUCAUCUAGGAAUCUUCUAGGAAAUGCACCACCCUAUGCUGUUCGCCAAAUGGAGGGAAACUAUCCAGCUCCGUUGUCAUCUAUGAUGGAACCACCGGAAGACGCCAUUGCAACACUGGUCUCAAUGGGCUUUGAUAGGAACUCAGCAAGGCAAGCACUUAUACGUUCAAGAAACGAUAUUAAUGCUGCCACCAACAUACUUCUUGAGUCGCAGACACAUUGAGUAGGCAGUAAGAGUGGUGUCAGAGAAUGGUGUAUGCAUUUACAAAGAUGCAGAAAAUUCCUGGUUCUUUCUAAAGUGAGAAGCAUUUUGCCACUGUUGAGAAAAUAAUCAUUCCCGUGAAGUAUUAUUUUUUAUCAGGUUCACUUUGGCUUUUGUUCCCUUGUUUACUACAGUAAUGUACCUAAGAUGGAUCUUGAAUAGCUGUAACAGAGCUUUGUACAGUUGCUUCCAAGCAUGUAGGAUGUCAACUAAUGGAACUUCUAAAUAUGCUGGACUUUCUAACUCAUUUUCAUGCAUGUUUGGUUGACUAUACUUGAAA